GCGUAUGUGCGCUUGAUGCAGAGGACUGAGAAACUGAAAGCACGAGUUUCCUACAACAUUAUUGAUCCAUCUGUCGCGAAGCAAAUUAACAAAAUGUCUGAAACAGAACAGCCUGUUACCGAGAAAAAACACGUCCUUUUUCUCUCAUCGGCGGUAUUUGGGCACCUUCUGCCGCUUCUGCAACUAGCCCGCAAAACCAGUCAAAUCCACGAUGUGACUUUUAUCGUCUCGCAGCUGCGAAUCCGUCAAUUACGUGAACGAGGCGUUCUAACUAAAGAAGACGAAGCGACAAUCUGUAUGGUUGGUUUAAUCGACGGUCUCGAAGAAAGCGGUGAUUACGAAGGGUCUAUCGAAGGUCUGUUUGCCAUGAUCGAAAAAGAGCGCGAGCUAACCGAUCAACUUUUUCCGGUUCUGCCGUGCACAGCGGACUCGGCGAUCACUAACACCAAGCUGGCAUUACUAGACCGACCGUUACCGCGACCGGUCGAUGUCGUUGUCGCCGAGUGGGCAGUAUUCUUCAGCGGUGAUGUGCUCAUUGACCGCGGCGUCAAAUGUCUUCUGUUCUAUGCGUUCUCCGCGUUGAUAUCCAUCAAUAAAGUGGAUGUGGAUGAGAACACCCCGGAGCUGCCGAAUGACGCCUUCUUCUCGGACUGGGAACGCUAUGACGAUGUCUCCAUUACCGGCGUGCCGGAACUGUACAAGAAGGCGAUUUGUAAGAGUCGUCAGCGACAAGUGAGAAUGUUGCAGGGAGUCUCGGGAUUCGUUUGUCACUCGCUGGAAGAGUUGGAGCCGGAUGGUUUGCAACGGUUCCAGACACACUGGCAGACCAAAGGACGGCCGGUCAGGUUUGUCGCACCUUUGUUUGGUAAGGAGAUGGCUAAAGGCGGAGAGGACUUCGUGAAUCAGUGGCUGGAUAAACAAGCAGAACGCAGUGUGCUGUAUGUCAGUUUUGGAUCGACAGCGCUGCCGUCGGUCGAGCAAGUCCAAGAGAUUGCCAAAUCGCUGCUGCUUUUAAAGAAACCGUUCAUCUGGUCCUUGAAACCGGCCGAACAUUCCCACCUGCCGCCAGAACUGCAAGCCUCCAUUGCUAGCCAAUCGCUAUCCAGCACCGGUCUGAUUUUGCCCUGGGUGCCUCAACGCAACCUUUUAGCCCACAAAUCCACCGGCGUGUUCUUGACACAUGCCGGAUGGAACAGCGUGCUGGAAGGUCUCGAUGCCGGCGUACCCAUGGUCUGCUGGCCCUUGCUGGCCGAUCAGUAUCCCAAUGCGGAAAGACUAGUCAAGCGGGGUGUGGCGCUCACGGUGCCGGGAACCGGGAUGAAGUUUUCACGCACGGUGCCAGCGGAAGAGGUCGUUGAUAUUGUCAGUACUGUGUUUGGAGAUGAUAAAUUUACAAGGCGUGCUUUCACAACCGGUCAGAUUUUUAAGACGGCUGCAAUGCCUGGUGGUAGUUCGUACAAAGCCGUCCACAGAUUCAUAUAUGAUGAUAUUUAAUGGUUGUUCCAUUUCUUGCAAAUUUUUUACAGUUACUGAAUUUUUAAUAGCAGCGUGCUAAUCUAGUUAAUUAACUUCUGUCACAUUGUUAUGAUAAAUGCCAGUAAUAAUAACCCCGCAAUAAGCAAUUUGACUUG